GCGACGCUCACGGCGCUCACUUGAAUCCUCGCCGCGUGUUCGUCGGGCGAUUCGCCUCGAAACAGAGCGUGUUGACGUGAGCGACGGGCUGAGGAGACGUUCAUUAGUUCGGACCGGGAAGUCCGGCCGGCUCGCGACUCCGGCUUGAUCGUCGAUCGCGGAUCGAGAACGUCGAUCUUGAUUCGGGACGCACGUGACUUUCACCUUUUCUCUCUCUCUCUCUUUCUCUCCCUCCCUCGUGUGAAGCUUUUCCGAGACGUGUUUCGCGCGAAUAAGUGUGAACGCGGCGUGGGUGCGAAGACAGGUGCAGCGCAAGUGAAAACGGACGAUCCAGCCGGAGGAGAAACCCGAGCUCAGCCGAGAGAAAGUCCCGCUGCCGCGGAAAUACCUCGGAGGGUCGCAGUUGUCCUACGAUUUAACGACUUCGACAAGGUUAUCCUCUUCGUACGAUCUCGCAACGUGCUGGACGCCAUCGAGUCGACUCGUGGACUUAUCAUCAAGGACGAUCGCGUGCGCCCGUCGCUCGAUGUAGAUUACGGUCUAGGACGAUCGAAUCGAUCGAAGUGUGUGCGCGGGAUCCCGCGACGUCGAUCGAGAGGACGAUCCACGGGUGUGCAACUGCUCGUGGACGCUUGUGCAACGGGCUGGUGUGAUGAUCCGAGAUCUCUCUUGAACUCUGUUUUCUACUACUCGUCUCGACGAGGCCCCAGUACCGGUCGGUCUCGUCGGGAAUCAUCAUCGAUGUGCCAACCCCGCGAAGCGUCCGUCGUCCACGGCCGUCGGUCGUCGCGCCGUGAGGUGACAGUGCCGUCGCGUGCCGUUCGUGAAACUUGCCGCCGUGCUCGAUGCGUGCACGGAAGAUGGAAGUAAGGACUCGCGUUCGUGUGUCCGCGUGGAGCAUUAAGGGCUGAAGUUUCGGAGUUCCACUGGCCUACUUCGGCUCUGUCCUCCGGGUGGAGAGCGCGCGGAGGAUGUCCGAGAGGUGACUGGGUGCUGAGGAGGAGGAGAGGGCGCAGUGGCAUCGAAGGGGUUGCUGCCACCUCGGUCUGGUUGGAAUGGAGAUGAACGGCACCGAAAGCAGCCUGAACGGCACCGAGGUCAAUCGCACAUCCGCGCCUGUCUUCACCAUUGGGACGGAUUUUAUCACGCAAUGGAAGCUGAAGAGACAGCGGGAGCGCCUGUGUCGAUUUGUGUACAACCAAAUUUUGACGGCGGAAUGUACCCAGUUAAAUGGAACAUGGCCUGACCCGGAUGACCCGCGCUGGAGCAGCGGUGAAUACGCAGAACUUCUGCCCGACUGGUUCCCAACAAACGCGACGAACAUCUCGACUUUCGGAAACGCGACGACUCCGUCGACGUUGGAUGAAUCUCUGACACCCGUUUUGCCACCGUUCACGCUCUGGCAGACGGUACUGAUCGCUAUCUGUCUGGCGAUAUGCAUACUGUUAACCGUUGGCGGUAACAUCCUCGUCCUCCUGGCAUUCAUCGUAGAUAGGGCCAUCAGGCAGCCGAGUAACUACUUCAUCGCAUCAUUAGCUGCCACUGAUAUGCUUAUCGGCACCGUGUCGAUGCCGUUCUACACGGUCUACGUGCUAAUGGGCUAUUGGAACCUGGGCCCACUGCUCUGCGAUCUGUGGCUGUCGGUGGACUACACGGUAUGCCUGGUGUCCCAGUACACCGUGCUGCUGAUCACCAUCGACCGCUUCUGUUCAGUGAAGAUAGCCGCGCAGUACCGCAGUUGGCGCACGAAGCAGCGAGUGAUCUGGAUGGUGACCAUCACCUGGAUCAUACCGGCGCUGCUCUUCUUCAUCAGCAUCUUUGGCUGGGAACACUUCAUCGGUUACCGGGACUUAAACCCAGGCCAGUGCGCGGUGCAGUUUCUCAAGGACCCGGUGUUCAACACCGCGCUGAUUAUCGGAUAUUACUGGACCACGCUGAUCGUUCUGUUCAUCCUCUACGGUGGUAUUUACAAGACCGCGUAUGACAUGCAGAAGAAGAGCGAGGCGAAGCAGCGCAAGAUGCAGUCGAUGGUAGCACUGAGCGCCGGCGCCAUGUCCGGUAUGGCCGGCCGCGCCGCCGGCAUCGGCAUGUCCAAGACCCAGAGCACCUUGUUGAGUCAGGACAAGCCGAAGAUUACGGUGGACGAAAGCGCCGGCGGCACGGACGCGAGUGCCGCGCAGAAGACCGUCGCGAAAGCCGACGGCGAUACCGCGACGACUAUGUCGGAAUCCGCGUGCAAGAACAUCGUCGCGAACGCCGUCACGGUGGCAGAAACCGAGAAGUCCGAGCGUUCCAGCAGCCCCGCCUUCGACUCCGACGAGGAGAGCACCGUGGGCACCAGCCAACAACACAGCAACAUCCGCAAACGAUCGUCCCUGGCGGGCCUGAUGGCCCAGUCCGGCGCCCUGCAGGUGUUCGCUACCAACGGACGUCUCAACGGCAUCAUGCCGGUCAAGGUGGAGCUGAGCGUGCCCACCGCGCGGAAACUACUGCCCACCAGCCCUACGCGCGAUAUCGGCACGGCGACGCAGCGGGCGCAAACACUGCCGAAAAUACAAGAGCUCAGUCUCUUGGACACCGACAAUCCCGCCGAGCUGGACAAGUCUAGCAGCCGCACGCUGACACCGGAACAGUCUCUGAGAUCGAAUGAGGUCGAGGAUAAUCAACAGUCGAUCGCCGAGGCAAGCGAGGCGACGCCGGCCGUUCAAACGAAGCACGCGUCGAUCAAUAGUGUUCAACAGAACAUCAUCCCGCCACCCACGCAGUUUCAAAGCAGCCCGCCAGUGCCGGAAAGUCCUACCACGUCGUCGUCGACCGAUCGACCCAAAUCGCUGAUCGUGUGUUCUUAUGGUCAAGGCACUUACGACAUCCUCACCGGCCUGGACGGCGGCGACCUGCGCUACAUGGACGAGAGCUCCAUCAUCGUCCCCAGUCCAUCUUACGAGAGUCCACCGUCUUCCUUCUCCUGCAGUCUGGCAAACCCGUUGUCGACGGCACCGCCGUCACCGAUUUUAGGUAACACCGUGGCAACAGGUGCUGGCACCAGCACCAGCUUGCUCCAGACCGCUCUCAUCAGAGCGACGGCGCAGCAGGCUGGCACCGGUCAGUUGACGGUCACGCAGAACAAACAUCAUCAACAGCCCGUCAUGUCGAACGCGUCCAGCCAAACGCACCCGCCGCGUGUCUUCAUCACACAUCAGACGAAUGUGGCGUCGCAGACAUCGCCCACAGUCAGCAAGGUGCACACCGAGGUGUCUGUGAGCGCGGAGGGCACCAAGAAACAUCAGCCUGUGACGACGGUAGUGACGAGCGCAGCGGCGGCGGCGACCGUUGUAGUGACGAUGGAGUCGUCCAACAGCACGACCGACCGCGUCUCCGAUCAGUUCGCCAAGGCGAACAAUCCGCCGCAAAACUCGUCGUCCAGCAGUAUAAUGCCGACCGCGUCGGUCACCACGAACAGUCAGGAGGUGAAACGACAAUCGUCCAAGAAGAAGGAGUCACCGUCAGACGCGGAGCAGAGCGGUUCGAGACGAGACUUCGUCAAGUCCAUCGGGAAACGACUCAAGGCUAAAACGCAGAAGAAGGAUUUCACGAUAGGCCGGCAAAAGUCACGGACGGAGAACAGGGCGCGCAAGGCUUUUCGCACGAUAUCCUUCAUCCUGGGCGCGUUCGUCGCCUGUUGGACGCCCUAUCACAUACUCGCGCUGGUCGAGGGCUUCUGCGCGAACCCGCCGUGCACGAAUGAGCACCUCUUCAUGUUCUCGUAUUUUCUGUGCUACGCCAACAGCCCCAUGAAUCCGUUCUGCUACGCCUUGGCGAAUCAGCAGUUCAAGAAGACCUUUACCAGAAUACUAAAGGGCGACUUGCACAUGACGUAAGAAGAGAGGCAAAGCGGGCGACGGCCACUCUCAAGCACGCGCGGCCACUACUGUUUCGAUAAUAUUUUCGUAGAGCUAAACGUUUUAGGCGACGCGGACUCUCCUUAUCGCGGAGAAGAUGGCCUUCCAAUACUUAAUCACCGAAUUAUCCUCACUCGUCUCGUAACUGUGGUGAACUCGGACAAUAAUCAAAUGAGAAUCAUAUUUUAAGAGCCGUGCCGGCGAGAUCCGGCGUCUCGCGCGCCUUUUGUACAUAUAGUAUAAAAUAUAGUGAACGUGACUUAAUCAGCGUGGCGCGCUCCAGCCGAUCAAGAGUUGCGCUUAUGUAUAUAACAUGCUUGUACACACGUGUGAAUAAUUUGUUACCCCUCGUGUAACGUGCUUAGGAUGCGUAGCUAGGUGUAGGCCGACAGCUGUACGUACUAGUAGACAAUUUUCAGCCGAUCAUGUGUAUCACGGAGUGACGAGCGCGUUGCCGGACAAACGCUAAAAUUCCUAACGGCCGCGACUCGUGAAACAACAGUCCGUAGACGGCUCGUGGAGAGAACGUGGAGAGCUCGCGGGGUUUAGGUUUGCACAUGAAUUGCCGUGACCGUAGAGGUAAGGCGUAAACUUAAACUGAAGGAGCAAUCGGGAUGUUGCUUUGGGAUUCUUCUAGCUAGAAGAAGAUUGUCGUGACUAUAUGUAGGAUUCCGACUGAGCAACUAGGAUUUUAAGCAAAGGAAUCUUAGUUACUUUUACAUAAGAUCAGAUUUCGCGGCAAUUCCGUCUUCUUCUAGAGCACACAAAACUGUAGCGAAUCCGGAUUGGCCUUUCAGCUAAACUUUAUGUCUGUGGUUACGGUAAUGCAUGUGCGAAAGCCCUUAAGAUCACGUGGAGCGCGCGUCAUGCUCCAAGUAGCGGCUCAACGUUUAACUGUAAGCCUUACUGUAGGAAACCUCGAACGACGAUCGAUUGCUCGUCGCACGAAAGACGAAAAGUGAAGAUACUAAGUGUAAGAUAUCUUGAUAUAUACAUACAUACAUACAUACAUAUAUAUAUAUAUAUAUAUAUAUAUAUAUAUAUAUAUAUAUAUAUAUAUAUACAUAUACAUACACACGCCCAGCUGUAAUAUCGUGUAAAGCUUACUCCGCCGCUUUACGAACCGAGAGAAGUGUUUCCCUUUCUUCCUCGUGGUGUGUAAUCGCGCAGUAAUCGUGUAGCGUUUCUCACGCUGUUUACAUUAUAUAACGUGCGUAUAAUUGAGUGUGUCUCCCGAAUACUGUGUAAUAAUGCGUUACUCGCGAGUCCCUUUUUUUACGAGCAACGAAUCAGCUCGAGGUGGCACGCGCCUCGUGGAAGAGCGAUUGGACAAUUGACGUUUCACCUACGGCUCGAUCGUGGAUCGUAAUGUACACUGCCUUGAGAUGGCCUAAAGCAAAGGGCUCUUCUCUUCGAAUUUUGCGACGCUUGGCACUCACGAGCAAACGAGCUCCCGUCGACAUGUCUGAUCGACGUCGCGUUUCGCGGUAAGAGAAACUAAAGCAAUUCGCGCCGACCAGACGCUCCCGUCUGGACAAUCCACACGUCGCUAUAUAUAUUUACUUCAUAUUAUUUAUAUAUUAUCAUAAGUUAUUAGUGUUAUCAUAAGUUUCUCUCGCAUGCGAUCGUCGAGCGUUCUGUAUAUUUACGCAAUGUGCUAUUAAAGAAAAGGAAAAUCUAUUGCAAUAAUUACUGUAUCGUCGGCGAACAAUUAGUUCAAAUUAGCAGCAGACUGUGAUGAUUACGGCGUCCCAAGGCCGGCGACGUUUCAAUAUCGCUUAUUUCUCAAAGUACCAACAAUGCCUAAUUUUCUUAUUACCAUUUUACUGCAAGCGCACACGUGUGUAUCUCGCGAUUACUGCGAAUCGUCGAAAGAAUGAAAUCUGACAAACAGUAGCGGACAUUUCAUGUCCUCGUAUGUCGUCAUGUUUUAAUAACGCGCAUCGUGUUAGCAUUAAAUUGCAGCGCGAUCGGAUCAAACGAUUUCGGCAAAUCGGAAUUACAAUUGAUAGAAGUGAUUUAUCAAAAACGCGCGAGAGCUAAUCAUAACGUCUCUAAUCAGUGCGAAAAAUAACGGACGGUUGUGUCCGAAAAUUUCGCAGGUCUACAUUUCGCGUCGCGUUGGAUCACACGGUUAAUUGAUAGUCGACCGGGCGAGUGGAUUAAGCGACACACGUCUCCCCCAUCGAGUUGCUCUUGAAUCGACCAUUGGAAUGUACAUUCUGAGGAAAGGCAAAUAUGAAGUCGAGCAGUACCGUCAAUACACGUUAGGCGUAGCUUUCGAUUAAAUGCCGUCUAAAUCAAAUUCUGGCACUUCGUCGGCCUGAACAGGUCUAGUAUUGGUCACACGACGGAAAGUUAGGCGAACAGAGGAGGUGCGCGAUCGAGCAUGUCGCGUCGACUUUGAGCCCAUGUCGGUUCGACCCUCGCGAGUCGCGCCUUCCUCUAUCCGCUGCGUUUGCGUUUCCGCGCUUCGUCAAUAUUCGCGUGUGAUCAGGAGGAGCAUUCUCUAACUAAGUGUCACCCUUGACCUUUCCAAUUAAAUCGUUUCAGUCAUUCACAGAGUGAAGAAUCGUCACAUUUGUUUGCUUAUGUCAUCUUAUGGAUAAAAAAAAGAGAGAGAACGAUAUUCGUAUCUUUGAGAGUAUAUCAGCUAGAUAAUGCGCGGACGUCUCGACAGUUUGCGAGCUAAUUUCCCGUUUCAGAAUGUGCACACUUGUACAUUUAUCUACGUCGCGUAAGUCGCGGAGAGCGAUCGCGCGGGAGUAGCCGCGCGAAGAUUUUCUAUUGCAUUCCCUCUGCUGCGCCGUACAGACACUUUUCUACCUUGAUAUCGUUUCGUACGUAUGCUCUCGCGAAUCUCAUCUGAUAUUCACGCUGCAGCAUCUUACCGCUAAAAGCGCCUCAUGUUCUUCCAUGAGAAAAGUACGUCCCGCCGGCUGGGCGCGAGAUGAUAUAUUUCGCAUUCAUGCCGCGCGAGCGGCCCGAAUUUGAUAAUUUUUGCCGCAGCGGACAUUUUGGCGCUUUGGGUAUCUUCCGAAAUUCACUGCCAACGGUGAGAGUUAUCCUGUCUCUUCGUCAUGCCUGUAAAUAUCAUGAGAUCGCUUUGACAUCGCGGACCUAGUCGAAAUAUCCUGUUCAUCCGAUCUCUCUCUCUCUCUUUCUCUCUCUCUCUCUCUCUCUCUCUCUCUCUCUCUCUCCCUCCCUCUCUGUCUCUCCCUUGAGACGUGCUAAUUGAACGUCUCAAUAGCGAGUGUUCGGUUCUAUGUCGCAGAUCCUUUGUUCGUGCAAGAUGUAUGCGCCGAUGUGACUUGCCGAUGCGCGAGCGAAAAUUAGCUUUCCUAAUGAAUUUCGGGGCGCGCUACUCAUCGCUUUUGAUUUUGCGAACGGUGACGCGAGUGAGCAGCACGAUACACGGUAAUAAUUUCUCGCGAAGGGACACACGCGCACGUGAAAAAAAGAUAAAGGGGAUUUGUGUCGGUAGCGAUCGAGCACCCGGGGCAAUCGUUUCGCGAUACGGCUUCUGUAUCUUGAACAUUCGGAACGCGACGACGUUGGCGCCGAUUACGAUUUAGUAAAGUAAGAUCGAACAGCGUAAAUGUGAUUAUUGUGCUUCGUAGGCGACCAAGUCGCAAACGUUUCUGCGAACGUCGGAUUCCUCGACGCGAUCGGCACGAUAAUGUAACGUCGGUGUAAAGACGAUUAACUUCACUUAGAACCUAAGUCCAAAGAUCAGCCUAACUGGUCGAGAAGGAAACGACACGUCGCGGGUAACAUAGAGCGAAAUUCUCUGUACGAUACUUAAUCUAUAUCUCUAAGUGAACGGGAUAUAUGCAAAGGAGAGAAGAACAAGAAUAUAUGGGAGAGCGAGUGUGUGUGCGGGCUCAAAUCGCGCGGUGCGCUUAUUGUACAGAGAUAAUAUACUUUGUAGGGAAAUAACAAAGUUAUUAAGCGGGCGUUGCGUCGUGUAGCCGUGAUGUAUACAUGUAUACAUAAACAUACACACACGUGUAUAAGUAGCGUGAUCGGUAGACAGUAAAGGCCGUAGCGCCUGAAAAAGAGGAGAAUGAAAAGAGCCGGUAGACGGUGCAAUAUCUAGCGAAUAAGUAUAAUUAGCUCUAGGCGAUAGCGCGGUUAAAAGGAGAGCAGGUAACAAUAAUAGCCGCAUGAAGCCUAUAUGGAGCCGCGUAAAACGCGCAUUGUCUAGAUCUGCGAUCGCUUUCGCGCAGAAAGAGUAUGUGUCGUUGCAAUUUAUCCCCUCGCGGUCGAGCUUCUGUACCGUAGGUAGAUUGUUCGUCGUAGGUCAGGCGAAAAAACGGACGUGAAAGUCGUGGCCGGCGAGUCGCGGUGAAUGAAAAGAAAGAAAACUCACUUUAUGCCCGAUGGAUCCUGGUAUUAACGAUGUCGUGGAAAGUUUCAACGGCGACUUCGUCGCCUCACGAAUGAAUCGCGCACGAGAUGUAAUAAUUCUCCCUUUGAUUCGCGAUCGGCCGUCGCGAUCGAUUGCGCAAAUACAAUAUGCGGGAGUGUGUCUCUCAGAUAGUACAAUUCCUUGCACAUUUCUGCGGAAAUUAUUUCGCCGAGACCGAAUGACAUGCCGGGACGUUGACGGAGAAGCGAUGGAGGUCAAACAAAGCUCGAGUAUAUGGAACGUUUGUAUUUGUACUUGCUUCCGAUGCCUCGCGCGAUGUGUAGUGUGCAUAAUACGUAAUGUAAGCGGACAAUUAAUUUGAUAAUUACGUAGUAUUGUUUCAUAAGCAGCUAUCUAACCGAGGAAACAGCGCGAGAUGAAGGAACAUAGUUGCUAUUGAAUGAUGGACAAUACACUUUGCUCGUCCGACAAUCUUGGACUUUUACGGAUCCUUGAAUUGGUAGCCGACGUUUCAUUGUGAAUUUACCCACGUGCGUUCUAUCCCCUAUUUAUGUAUUACCUCUUGUAAUCCUACUAUUUCUUUUUUCCGACACUUGAAAUUGUACCAUACAAAGGACAACGUUGUAUAGAAGAAUUACGAAUUAUUCCUUUGGUAAAUUCGAGUUAGCUUUUAAGGGUAAAAGGAGAGAAAAUGUUAUAAAUAAAUCUGAUACUCUAUAACACACACACAUACACAUACAUAUACAGGAAUACAUAUACACACGAUAUCGUAUACAUACAAUACCAUGCAGUGUAUGUUACAUUUAGCUCUGAAAAAUAUUAUUUCAACUGUAUAUGUUUCAUUCAACGAGAAAUAAAAUAAUUCCCACACUUG